UGUAGACUGGGCACCGGAGAUAUGCUCAUUCCUCAUUAGCCCUUAAACGCUCUCUUUCAUCUGUCAGCUUGGACUGUUCCAAAUACUCGGCCACUUCCGGGCCCGGUUGCGCCUCCUAGGGUCCUCGCCGUUCGUUUCGCGUUCAAGAAUUUUGUCCCUAGCGCCCGUCCGUCUCCCCGCCCUCGCCGCUGCCAUGGCGGCAGCUCCGCCGCUCUCCAAGGCCGAGUAUCUGAAGCGUUACUUGUCCGGGGCAGAUGCCGGUGUCGACGGGGGCCCUGAAUCCGGCCGCAAGCGUCGCAAAAAGCGGCCGAAGACUGGCGGGGCUGGCGGCAAGGGUAUGCGGAUUGUGGAUGAUGACGUGAGCUGGACAUCUAUCUCCACCACUAAACUGGAAAAGGAGGAAGAGGAAGAUGAUGGAGAUUUGCCUGUGGUGGCUGAGUUUGUGGAUGAGCGGCCAGAAGAGGUAAAGCAAAUGGAAGCUUUUCGUUCCAGUGCCAAAUGGAAGCUUUUGGGAGGCCACAAUGAAGAUCUGCCCUCACACAGACAUUUCCGUCGUGACACCCCAGAUGUAUCACCUCCUAGGAGGGCUCGUCAUGACACCCCAGAUUCAUCACCUCCGGGGAAGGUCCGCCAUGACACUCCAGAUUCAUCGCCUCCUAGGAGGGCUCGUCAUGAUUCCCCAGAUCCAUCACCUCCUAGGAAGGUCCGCCAUGACACACCAGAUCCAUCACCUCCUAGGAGAGCCCGUCAUGACACACCAGAUCCGUCGCCGCCUAGAAGAGCCUGUCAUGACACACCAGAUCCGUCACCUCCUAGGAGAGCCCGUCAUGAUACACCAGAGCCAUCACCUCCUAGGAGAGCCCGUCACGAUACACCAGAUCCAUCACCUCCUAGGAGAGCCCACUGCAGUUCCUCAGAUAUCUCUCCUCCCAGAAGGGCCCGUAAUCGCUCCCCUGACACAGUUCAACCUAGAAGGACUCUUGAUUCCAUGGACACAUCGCAGCUCAGGAGGGCCCGUCAUGAUUCCCCUGACUUGGCUUCUAAUGUCCCUCAUUCACUGCCCAGAACCAAAAGCAGUACAGCCCCAGAAAGAGCGUCUAGCCAAGCUUCUCCCCAUUGGAAGGGGCCAGGACCAUCUCAUCCAUCACUCCCAAAGAACAGCAAGCAGGAGUGUGAUUCAGACCUCUCUCCUCCACGAAAAAAGCAAGCAAAAUCCCAUUCUGGAAAUAAGCAACAUGACUCUAAAGGCUCUUCCCCCAGACAUAGGAAAUUGCAUACAAGCUCAUCACCCAGGAAGCAUCACAGUCACACGUUGGACUCUUCUUCCUACCCAAGUGACCAUAGGAGAGCCUCUGAUUCAGAUCUUUCUCCUCCUCGACAUAAACAAAGUUCAGGGCCCCGGGAUUCGGAUUCCGAUCUGUCACCCCCACGGAAUAGACCUCGGCACCGGAGCUCUGAUUCUGACCUCUCCCCACCAAGGAGGAAACAGCGGGCCCGAUCUUCUGAUUCUGAUCUGUCUCCACCUCGAAGGAGUCAGCCUCUGGGAAAGAAGGCUGCACACAUGUAUUCUGGGGCUAAAACUGGGUUGGUGUUAACUGACAUACAGCGAGAGCAGCAGGAGCUCAAGAAACGGGACCAAGAAACCGUGGCACUUGAAGCUGAAUUCCAAUAUGCUGAAACUGUAUUUCGAGAUAAGUCUGGUCGUAAGAGGAAUUUGAAACUGGAACGUUUAGAGCAGCGGAGAAAAGCAGAGAAGGACUCGGAGAGAGAUGAGCUGUAUGCUCAGUGGGGGAAAGGGCUUGCCCAGAGCCGGCAGCAGCAACAAAAUGUGGAGGAUGCAAUGAAAGAAAUGCAAAAGCCUCUGGCGCGCUAUAUUGAUGAUGAAGAUCUGGAUCGGAUGUUGAGAGAACAAGAAAGAGAGGGAGACCCCAUGGCCAACUUUAUCAAGAAGAAUAAGGCCAAGGAGAACAAGACUAAGAAAGUGAGACCUCGCUACAAUGGCCCAGCACCUCCUCCCAACAGAUUCAAUAUCUGGCCUGGAUAUCGCUGGGAUGGAGUGGACAGAUCCAAUGGAUUUGAACAGAAGCGCUUUGCCAGGCUUGCCAGCAAGAAGGCUGUGGAGGAACUUGCCUACAAGUGGAGUGUUGAGGAUAUGUAACUUUUCUGAGGCUGUGGACUUGGUGGUGGAUUGUGGUAGUGGACAUAGGGCAGCCAUACAUCCGGCUGUAACAGUCAUCUGUGCUAAUAAUCAGGGCCCACACAGACCAGCAGCUUACUGAAUGCCAGUUUUGAUGACAGAAGAAUAUUUGAGAUGUGCUGUUUGGACUGAAGUACCUAUACUUUUCAGGUGUGCCAACACUGCCUGUUGCUGGCUUUCAGAGGAAGUGUUGACUUCUCUGUGUCCCAGGGUUUGUUCUUGGCUAGAGUUUUUCUUUUUUAAUAAACAUACAUUUAUUUUUCUAAAAUAA